CUCUCUCCUCCAGCAGCCGCCGAGGCUUCUCUGCAGCCUCCCGCCGCUUCAUCAUGGAUCUGUGGACUAAAAGAGUCGCUGGGAUUAUCGCUCAGGUCGUCCUGCUUCUCUGCAGCUCGUACGGGACAACCGGAGAAGAAGUGUGUGACAGCGCGCUGGUGUCCAACCUGCCGCCAUCGUCCUUCAGAAGCUCGUCCCAGCUGUCCAGCAGUCACGCGCCGGGCUUCGCCAAACUCAACAGGAGAGACGGAGCUGGAGGUUGGUCUCCUCUCACCUCAGACAGGUAUCAGUGGCUGGAGGUCGACCUGGGCGAGCGGACCAAGAUCACCGCUGUCGCGACUCAAGGCCGCUACGGCAGCUCUGAUUGGCUGACAUCGUACCUGCUGAUGUUCAGCGACACGGGGCACAACUGGAAACAGUACAGACAGGAGGACAGCAUAGGGUCUUUUCCAGGUAACAGUAAUGCCGACAGUGUGGUUCAGUACAAACUGCAGCAGCCGGCGAUCGCUCGCUUCCUCCGCCUCAGUCCUCUGGACUGGAACCCCAGCGGGAGGAUCGGACUCCGGCUGGAGACGUACGGAUGUCCUUACACCUCUGACGUGGUGAGUUUGGACGGCGGCAGCAGCAGUCUGGUGUACAGGUUGAGUCCCGGGCCGAGGCGUACGUCCAGAGAGGUCGUCUCUCUGAAGUUUAAAACCCUGAGGAAUUCUGGGACGCUGCUGCACGCAGAGGGAGAGGGAGGACUCGGCCUCAGUCUGGAGUUAGAGAGAGGAAAGCUCCAGCUGCUGCUCAGACAAGGUCGGACUUCUUCCUCUGAACCCCGGCGUCUCUCUUCCCUCGGCAGCCUGCUGGAUGAUCAGCAUUGGCACCAUUUAUCUGUGGAGCGCCGCAGCUCUCACCUCAACCUCACCGUGGACAAACACACAGAGAGGAUUCAAAUCCCGGCAGAGUUCAGCCACUGGGACAUCAAGCAGCUGAGUGUGGGGGCUUUCCAGGACCUCGUCUCUAAGAGGAACUUUCAAGGCUGCAUUGAAAACCUGCUGUCCAACGGCCUGAACCUGAUCGACUUAGCCAAACACAAUGACCAGCAAGUCACUGUAACGGGCAAUGUGACCUUUUCUUGUGCUGAGUCGGUUUCCGUCGCCGUGACGUUCCCCGGCCCCCAGAGCUUCCUCCAGUUGCCUGGGGCGACGGCGUCCUCGUCAGGGGGCGUGUCCGUCGGGUUCCAGUUCAGGACGUGGAACAAGGCGGGGCUUCUGCUCACCUUUGACCUGCCUCAGGAAGGGGGCGUGGUCUGGCUCUUCCUGAGUGAGGCCAGACUCCGGCUGCAGAUCCAUAAACACGGCCGGGCGCUGCUGGAGCUCAGUGCAGGUUCUGCUCUGAAUGACGGUCAGUGGCAUUCAGUGGAGCUGAACUCCAGACGAGGUCGUCUGACCGUCGCUGUCGAUGAAGGAGAAGGAGGCGUCGCUCACGCCAGCCACUCCGUCACCGUAGGAAGUCAACUCUUCUUCGGUGGUUGUCCCGCUGAAGAGGACAAUCAGGAAUGCAAAAAUCCCUUCAACAUCUUUCAGGGCUGCUUGCGUCUGCUCAGUGUGGAGAACCAGCCAGUGGACCUGAUUAUGGUGCAGCAAAGACUGCUGGGAAAUUACAGCCACCUGCAGAUCGACAUGUGUGGCAUCAUUGACAGGUGUUCUCCCAGUCGUUGUGAACAUGGCGGCCGCUGCAGUCAGUCCUGGACCGUCUUCCACUGUAACUGCUCUGACAGCGGCUACAGCGGAGCGACCUGCCACAGCUCUGUGUACGAACAGUCCUGCGAGGCGUACAAACACAGCGGCAACGCGUCGGGACAUUUUUAUAUCGACGUGGACGGCAGCGGACCAAUCAAACCGCAGCUGGUCUACUGCAACAUGACAGAAGAGAACACAUGGAUGGUGAUCCAGCACAACAACAGCGAGCUGACCAGAGUCCGACCGUCUCCAGGUGUGAACCAGCAUUCAGUUCACUUUGACUACUCCACGAAAGAAGAGCAGCUGUUGGCCGUCAUCAGCCAAUCAGAGCACUGCGAGCAGGAUCUGUCCUACCGCUGCAGGAAGUCCCGCCUCCUCAACACUCCAGAGGGCUCUCCGUUCAGCUGGUGGCUCGGUGGUCCCGGUCCCGGUCGUGUCCAGUCUUAUUGGGGUGGAGCUCAUCCAGCCAGUCAGCAGUGCGUCUGCGGCCUGCAGGGCGACUGCGUGGACCCACAACACUACUGCAACUGUGAUGCCGACCGCAUGGAGUGGGCUGAAGACUCGGGCCUGCUCACCCAUAAGGAGAGCCUCCCCGUCAGGUCUCUGGUGCUGGGUGACGUCACCAGGCCGGGGUCAGAGGCCGCCUACAGGGUGGGACCGCUCCGUUGUCAUGGAGACAAGAACUUCUGGAACGCUGCGUUUUUCGACAAGGAGACGUCGUACCUCCACUUUCCCACCUUCCACGGAGAGCUGAGCGCAGAUAUCUCCUUCCUGUUUAAAACCACGGCCUCCUCUGGUGUGUUCCUGGAAAACCUGGGCAUCAAAGACUUCAUCCGGAUCGAACUGAGCUCCUCCACUCAGGUGCUUUUCUCCUUCGACGUCGGCAACGGGCCGCUGGAGGUUCGCGUGGAGUCGAGCUCGCCGCUGAAUGACAAUCGGUGGCAUCGAGUCCGAGCCGAGCGGAAUGUUAAAGAGGCGGCGCUUCGAUUGGAUGAACUUCCUGUCGCCACACAGGAGGCUCCUGCUGACGGACACCUCCACCUGCAGCUCAACAGCCAGCUGUUCAUAGAACGAAGGCGCAACAGUACGAAGGCGCAACAGUACGAAGGCGCAACAGAACGAAGGUGCAACAGUACGAAGGUGCAACAUACGAAGGUGCAACAGUACGAAGGCGCAACAGAACGAAGGCGCAACAGUACGAAGGCGCAACAGUACGAAGGCGCAACAGAACGAAGGCGCAACAGUACGAAGGCGCAACAGUACGAAGGCGCAACAGAACGAAGGCGCAACAGUACGAAGGCGCAACAGUACGAAGGCGCAACAGAACGAAGGCGCAACAGUACGAAGGCGCAACAGUACGAAGGCGCAACAGUACGAAGGCAACGAAGGCGCAACAGUACGAUGGUGCAACAGUACGAAGGCGCAACAGUACGAAGGCGCAACAGUACGAAGGCGCAACAGUACGAAGGCGCAACAGUACGAAGGUGCAACAGAACGAAGGCGCAACAGUACGAAGGCGCAACAGUACGAAGGCGCAACAGAACGAAGGCGCAACAGUACGAUGGUGCAACAGUACGAAGGCGCAACAGUACGAAGGCGCAACAGUACGAAGGCGCAACAGUACGAAGGCGCAACAGUACGAAGGCGCAACAGUACGAAGGUGCAACAGAACGAAGGCGCAACAGUACGAAGGUGCAACAGUAA